UGUCUUGUAUUUAACCAACUCUCUCUCUUCUAUCUUUCAACAUGUCACAUACUUCACCAAAAAAAAAAAAAAAACAGAGCAAUUUUUUUCUGUUAAAGAUGGAACUAUCAUCUUCUCCUUUACCUCCUCAUGUGAUGCUCGUAUCGUUCCCAGGGCAAGGCCACGUUAAUCCACUUCUUCGACUAGGCAAGCUCUUAGCUUCAAAGGGUUUACUCAUCACUUUCGUCACCACAGAGUCAUGGGGCAAAAAGAUGCGAACCGCCAACAAAAUCCAAGACCGUGUCCUCAAACCGAUCGGUAAAGGUUACCUCCGGUUCGAUUUCUUCGACGACGGUCUCCCCGAGGACGACGACGAGAGCAGAACCAACUUCACGAUCCUCCGACCACAGCUCGAGCUGGUCGGUCAACGAGAGAUCAAAAACCUCGUGAAACGUUACGAAGAAGUGACGAAACAGCCCGUGACGUGUCUCAUCAAUAACCCUUUCGUCUCUUGGGUCUGCGACGUGGCGGAAGAUCUUCAAAUCCCUUGUGCUGUUCUCUGGGUCCAGUCUUGCGCCUGUUUAGCCUCUUAUUACUAUUACCACAACAAACUAGUUGAUUUCCCGACCAAAAAAGAUCCUGAGAUCGAUGUCCAAAUCCCUUGCAUGCCUCUCUUGAAGCACGACGAGAUCCCUUCUUUCAUUCACCCUUUAUCUCCUUACUCCGCUUUGCGAGAAGUGAUCAUAGAUCAGAUCAAACGGCUUCACAAGCCUUUCGCUGUUUUCGUCGACACUGUCUACUCCUUGGAGCAAGAUAUCAUCGACCACAUGUCUAGUCUCUCUCUUCCAGGCGCUAUCACACCGCUUGGACCGCUUUACAAAAUGGCCAAAACGCUAACUUGUGAUGACAUCAAAGGAGAUAUGUCUGAGACAACGGAUCAUUGCAUGGAGUGGUUAGACUCACAGCCUGUUGCCUCCGUUGUUUACAUCUCAUUCGGGACGGUAGCUUACGUUAAGCAAGAACAGAUAGAGGAGAUCGCUUACGGCGUGUUAAACGCUGACGUUUCGUUCUUGUGGGUGAUUAGGCAACAAGAAUUGGGUAUAAACAAAGAGAGACAUGUUUUGCCAGAGGAAGUCAAAGGGAAAGGGAAAAUAGUGGAAUGGUGUUCGCAAGAGAAAGUCUUGGCUCAUCCUUCGGUGGUUUGUUUUGUGACUCAUUGUGGAUGGAACUCGACGAUGGAAGCUUUGUCUUCAGGAGUCCCUACGGUUUGUCUUCCUCAGUGGGGAGAUCAAGUCACCGACGCGGUUUACUUGAUUGACGUUUUCAAGACGGGAGUGAGACUCAGCCGUGGAGAGACGGAGGAGAGGGUGGUGCCGAGGGAGGAAGUGGCGGAGAGGCUGAGAGAAGUUACGAAAGGAGAGAAAGCGAAGGAGCUGAAGAAGAACGCUUUGAAAUGGAAGGAGGAGGCGGAAGCGGCGGUGGCUCGCGGUGGCUCGUCGGAUCGGAAUCUUGAGGAGUUUGUGGAGAAGUUGGGUGUGAAACCUGUGGCGAAACAAAACGGAAGUCAUCAUUAUUAUCCAAAGGGAAGUUUUCAAGAACUUCUUUUGGAGAAGUCAUAAAUGUAUUUUGUUUUUAAGUUUUUGAUUAUUUGUUUCUGCAAGUCUUUAAUUGUGUUUGGAUGUAUGCCCCACGUCGUUUCUGUUUUGUUUCUUGUUUUGUAUGGGUCUAGGUAGACUCAUUAUCCUUCUUGAAGAAUGUUAGAUCACGCAUUAUUAUGAUUAAUUAGUUUGUUAUGCUAAA